AUGGCAUCCCUCAGAAACCAGAGUCUGCCCCCUCCCACCUUCCUCCUGACGGGCAUCUUGGGGCUGGAGGCCAGAAGCCGCUGGGUCUCCAUCCCAUUCUGCUUUGUGUAUGCUGUUGCUGUCUUGGGAAACGGCAGUGUCUUCUUUGUGAUCGUGAAGGACCGGAGCUUGCACAAGCCCAUGCACCUUUUCCUCUCCAUGCUGGCCGUGAGUGAGCUGGGGGUGUCCCUGUCCACCCUCCCCACGGUGCUGAACGUCUUUCUCUUUGAUAUCAGGGAGAUUGGGCUGGAUGCGUGCCUUGCCCAGAUGUUCUUCAUCCACGGCUUCUCCAUCAUGGACUCAGGAGUGCUCUGGGCCAUGGCCCUCGACCGCUUCGUUGCCAUCUACAACCCUCUGCAAUAUGCCGCCAUCCUGACCAACGACAGGAUCACCAUGAUAGGCUCAGGGAUCGCCUUGAAAAGCAUCAUCCUAUUAGCCCCACUGCCUCUUCUCCUGCGGAGGCUGCCAUUUUGCAAGGCUACUGUGCUUGCACACCCCUACUGUUUGCACCCCAAUUUAAUCCAGCUUCCAUGUGCAGACACCACCAUCAACAACCUGUACGGCCUCUUUGUGCUACUCUGCACCUUUGGGCUCGAUUCUCUCUGUAUCGUCUUGUCCUACACAAUGAUUGUCAAGACUGUGCUGAGCAUCGCCUCCAAGGAGGGGCGCCUCAAGGCCCUCAACACCUGCGCCUCCCACAUCUGUGCCGUGGUGGUCUACUAUACCCCAAUGAUCAGCUUGUCCAUGGUCUACAGGUUCGGCAAGCAUGCUUCUCCUGUGGUGCCUUCCCUCAUGGCCAACAUCUACCUCUUGGUCCCUCCUGUCCUAAACCCCAUCAUCUACAGCAUCAAGACCAAAGAGAUCCUCAAGGCUUUCGGCAGACUUUUCUGUCCAAGGAAGUUCUGA